AUGUUAUUGACAUCCCAAACUCCGGUAGCUGAACCAACAUUAUUUGUUUGGCCGCAUAUUAUCAUCGCUAUCUUUUCGGUAAGCACUAUGGUUUCACUGCUAACACUCUGUAUAUCAACACACUGUUGCCGAAAUACGAAAAAGAAGGAAAAUCCAUAUGGAGAAAUUGCUACAACACCACCUGCUGAUGUCGCUUUUUCAACAAUUGUUUGUAGAAAUAGAACUGAUGGAUCACAGCGUCAUCAUCCCAGUCGUCUUUCUUGUCCUAGCUUGGCCUCUUAUGAGCGAUCAGUUCAUCGUCUUUCCGCACCAAUUCCUCAUUCUUCUGCUGCAGUGAAGCGAGCCUUACCAGAAUUGCCUGAACUAUCGGCACGACUUGAAAAUAAAAAUGCAAGCGCAUUAUAUUCAACAAUGGGUCAUUCAAUGCCUGCAGUCGGUCGAAACGGUUCAUUUUUGUAUGGUGAAGGACCAGCAAACCCAACUUAUGAAUCUAUUGAUAUGGAUCCUUUAUAUUCAAAGUUAGGAAAUGGUGGUCCAUCCGUGAAACGAUAUGAUUAUCCUAGUUUUGCACCACAGAAUCAAAAUCAACCAAUAGUCGCUACUGAUGAUGUACUUUAUCAGAGUACUUCACAGAUUUAUGCAGGUGUUAGCGAAGAUCCGUACAGCUCAAUAGCAAGUCACACAGGUGGCGAAAUGAAUUAUGACGUUGGGUAUAGCCAUAUAAGAGAAAGCAUGAAUACGGAACCGUCACGCUAUUUUGCUAACUCGCAAGGACAAAAUCGAGCUCUUGAUCAUCUUUAUUCACGAAUUCGACGAACAUCCACAUAUCGACCCUUGCUCUCGAAUGAUUUCGCCGUCGAGUAUGUUUCAAGUGGAAGUGACAAGACAAGUCCAUCAUAUCGUUACAUAACGGUAAGAGAAAGUGUUGAUGCUAUUCGACAGCGGCUGAAUGAGUUUAAUGCACCUCAAUCGAUUAGAAAUGAUGGUUGUGGACCGAUUCGAGAACAUUAUUAUUCAUCGAUCGGUGGUAGUGAUUAUGAAACAUUACAAAUCUCAGCAGCAUCGCCUAAUCAGCCAUCAUCCGAUAGUCAAGAUAUCCCGUCAACGUCUUGUGUAAUUCAUGAUAUACUACCUGAAACUAUGUCUGAUGCUAUUAGUACUUGUGAAAAUAUACCACCAAAACCACCCACUUCUCCAAUACCUCUGCGUAUCGCCACUGUAAGAGAAGACAAUUUGCAAAAAAAGCGUCCAUUAUUAUCAGGCACUAAUGAUGACAGAUGUAGUAAUAUUUCGGAAAAAAUUCGCAGACUUAGAACGAGUUUUUUUGAUCAAGAAUUCAAGUUGUUAGAUGAUUUGAAAGGACCUUCAUCAACUGAUCUUCGAUUUGAGCAGUUACUAGGAGCCACUAAUCAACCUGAAUCAUCAAAAUGGAUUAAUUCUUUUCAAAAUAACCCAAAUUUCGAUUCGGAACACCAUGUUGAUCAAGCUUCAUCAAGCAACUUUGAUGACACCUAUCAGCAUUUGCCAAAAUUAGCUACUGGCAGAUCACAAACACAUAAUGCACGGAAUGAUACGUGGAAUGCGCAUCUUUCUACUGCAGAACACUGUAAAACUAUUGUUCAGAAUGAAAGGUCUCAUAGCUCCAACAAAGCAGAUGUCCCUGGAAUAAAGCAGUCUGUCAAAGUUGUAACCUUUCAGCAAGAAAGAAACAACGACGAAGAGCAGUGUUUCGUUUUUAAAAGACGCGACAGACUCAGUGAACAAACUACGAAUAAUACUAAUAGUGCUUGCUUUGCAGAGACAUCUUUGAAUAAAGCUUCAAACAAUACUGGAGAAAAUAUGGAGAUGCAGUUCUGUUCUCAACAACAAAGUGUGAUGGAUUUAUCAUGCGGAGAAAAUGGUACUGAAUUAAUUCAUAAUGCUAUAAGCUAG